AUGCAGGAGCCAAUAGGCCAUUGCCGUGCUAAAGAGAGCACGGUUUUCGCGUGCCAUGGCUUCCUGGCUUGCAACUUGGGCUUCGAGGCGCCGGUCGUGACGGAAGCCGCCAGGAAAAGCUGCUUUCAGACUUUGCUGCGCCUUUCGUCGCUGCCCAGACCCGACCGAAGGACCCGGACCCUUUGUCGCCUGUGCAGUCUCCUGCCGGGGCCGG